AUGGGAGAAUUGCAAGACAUGUUCAAGAAGUUCAUGGGGCAACAAAUGCAAACCAAUCAGAACCUUCAAAAUGCAGUGAACAAACUAGAAGUGCAAGUUGGGCAGAUUGCAUCCUCCAUGAGCAAUAGAGCAUCCGGAACUUUUCCAAGCCAAACGGAGGUGAAUCCAAGGCAUCAAGAGCAUGCUAAAGCAAUACACAUCUUGAGAAGUGGUAAACAAGUUGAUAAUAAGGUUGGAGAUGCCAAUGAAGAGCAAGAAGAUGGAGAAAACGUGGAGAUCAUUCAGCCACCACAUGGGCAGCCCACAGCUUCCAACAAACAGUCCAUCAAUGCUCCUGGAAAGAGCACAGGCCCUAAGGUAUCAUCAAAUGCUAAUCAAGUUCCAAUUUCAACUAAUGCUUUUAGGCCUAUUGCACCCUUUCCCAGCAGGUUAUCAAAGUCAAAGAAAGAUCAAGGCUUGGAUGAGAUAAUGGAAACAUUCAAGAAGGUGCAAAUCAACAUCCCAUUGCUCAAUGCUAUUGCUCAGAUUCCAAAGUAUGCAAAAUUUUUGAAGGAUCUAUGCACUAACAAGAGGAGAUUCAAAGAGCAUGAACAAGUUGCAUUGAGUGAAGAGGUAAGUGCAGUCUUACAAAGAAAGCUACCUCCAAAGCUAAAGGAUCCAGGUUCGUUUUCUAUACCUUGCAUUGUUGGUGAUUUCAAGAUUCCAAAAGCUUUGCUUGAUCUCGGUGCAUCCAUUAACCUUAUGCCAUAUCAUGUUUAUGAGAAACUUAACCUUGGUGAGUUGCAAGCCACAACUGUGAGCAUUCAAUUGGCAGAUAGAACUAUUCGGUACCCCAAGGGCAUUCUAGAAGACGUUGUGGUGAAUGUAGAAGGUUUAAUCUUGCCAGCUGAUUUCUUAGUCUUGGAGAUGGAAGAAGCACCAAUUCCUGACAAUGAAUUGCCCCUUAUCUUUGGCCGAACCUUCAUGGCUACUGCUAAGACCAAGAUUGAUGUAGAGCAAGGCACUCUCACCAUGACCGUUAAUGGAGAAACUGUCGCCUUCAAAGUGUUUGAUGCCCUGAAGCCAAAUGUUGUACAAGAUUGUUUUCAAAUUGAAGUAUUUGGUAAUCCAGGGAAAGAGAGAUUUGAUGGCCUUCCUUAUUCAGUAGAAUCAUGCUUGCUGAAAAGAGGAGACAAGGAGGAGCAGAAAUGGAAAAGAAGUUGA